AAGUGUUUGCCCAGCACGUGAUCGCGCCAAUUGUAAACUUUGCAGGUGCACACCUGUUUUUGCUCCGUCCGUAUACACAAGAACGGUUUUAGUUUUUAUGGCCGGCAAAAACAUGCUAUCAUCAAUGAAAUUAACGUUGAUCGAUAGAUGGGCUAGUUUCUUUCAUUCAUCGACGGCGAAGAAGUUUUGUUUGGGGCCUCGUCCCGAAGAAUUCCUGCUGCCAGCAGGAAAACAAACAAGUGUCGGCAGGAAGACGUAAAGUCAAAUACGACACACCCCCAGUGUGUCAGUUGUUCGAAUCGAUACUUGCGCUUGCGUGGCUCGACAACCCCACCUCGUGAAGCGUGUACAGUCAAAAGCUCAAAGCUCUACCCUAUAUGAAACGCGAGCUUAAAAUGCGGCACCGACUAUACUCAACCUAGCGGCGUUCACCCGCAUUACACUACGUAUAUUCUUGAGCAAAACAUUACUUUUCCAUUCAGAAAAGUUGUUCGUGUCAUAAAUAUGGUUAAUGUGGCGUUCGCCGGUGAUUUGUGACGUUUUGCUUCGCGAAGAUUUGGUGGUUAAGUGAUACUGGGGCUUAUCUAAUCGGACUGGAGCUUUCGGACAGCGGAUAAUCACACAACUCCAUUAGUUUCCCACGAGCACUCAUUUACGAAUGCACCUGAUAUCGUCGAAUUAUUGCCUAAGUCUGCUUCUACUUCGUUGUAAAAUUUAGAUACUCGAAUCCUGUCGUUGUUGGAUGGUGCACACGGAUGUGUCAUUGAAAUGUCGCAAUAUGAUAGGAUACAACAAUUUCAACAAUCAGGGAUACAAUAAACUGUUUACUCAGAGGCAUCAGUAAGUAACAUUUUGAGGGUCACUGGUCGGCUGAAGCCUUGUAAUAUUGUCGCAUGCUUGCCAGUGGCACCGCAACUAACCUAUGUCCAAGUACACAUCUCUGGGCUCAGCUGAUUCUAACUACUCUCAGCCUUCUUCGGAUCUGUCGCUGGACGAGGAGAAAGAGACGCUGCGACGGGAGAAGGAACGCCAAGCGCUUAGCCAGUUGGAAAAAGCAAGGACGAAACCGGUAGCAUUUGCUGUCAGAACCAACGUAGCGUACGACGGUUCAUUGGACGACGAUUCUCCAGUCCAUGGGUACGCGAUUUCUUUCGAAGUUAGGGAUUUUUUACACAUUAAGGAGAAGUACGACAACAGUUGGUGGAUCGGACGUCUGGUGAAGGAGGGUUGCGAUAUUGGGUUCAUUCCUUCUCCGGUAAAGCUCGAAAAUCUGAGAUUACAACAAGCGCAGUCGAGGACUACUAAACUCUACUCAAGUAAAACAAGUUCCAGCUCUAAUAUAGGGGCCGCUGGUAACGAUGUUUCCAGAGGUAGCACUCCUCCCACGCCUGGAGACGAGUCUGAUUCGGUGGGUAACGCCCGGACAGCCAAGUCUCUCACCACCCCUCCAGCAAAGGAGAAGAAGAAACCUUUUUUUAAGAAGCAGGAAGCCACUGCUCCUUACGACGUAGUUCCCUCCAUGAGGCCAGUAGUUCUAGUAGGUCCUUCGUUGAAAGGAUACGAAGUAACAGACAUGAUGCAAAAAGCCUUAUUUGAUUUUUUAAAACAUAGAUUUGAAGGAAGAAUUAUAAUCACGAGGGUAAUGGCGGAUAUAUCUUUGGCAAAACGUUCACUUCUAAAUAAUCCUUCAAAAAGGGCGAUUAUGGAACGUUCCACAACUCGCUCAACAUGUUUGUCAGAGGUCCAAGCAGAAAUCGAAAGAAUAUUCGAGCUAGCUACAACUUUACAACUCGUGGUGCUGGAUUGUGAUACUAUAAACCAUCCUUCGCAACUUGCCAAAACUUCAUUAGCUCCAUGUAUUGUCUAUCUUAAAAUAACUAGUCCUAAGGUUUUGCAAAGGUUAAUCAAAUCUAGAGGUAAAAGUCAAGCGAGACAUCUAAAUGUACAAAUGGUCGCGUCAGAAAAAUUAGCUCAAUGUCCUCCGGAAAUGUUCGAUGUGAUCUUGGAUGAAAACCAAUUAGAAGAUGCUUGCGAACACAUAGCCGAAUAUUUAGAAGCUUAUUGGAGAGCUACACAUCCUGAAACAAAUGUUUCCAAUGUACCUCGACCAAUGGGUACUUCACCACAAGCCUCUCCUAGUGGGGACCAAGGCAGACCCACCCUACCAGCACACCAUGAUGUAUACGGAUACUCUCAUGAUUCUAGAGUUCCCACAUUUCAUACGGCGCACGCGAGAAGUAGACCGAGGUUAGAGAGAGAACGUGAGUAUGAAGAUUACGGUGAGAGAGAGAGCUAUGCCCAUGCGAACACCCAUGGAGUACCCCAUCACGGAGGUGACGAUUACCGAGAUCGCAACCUGGAUCGGAUACCUCCGAGAGACCAUAGAGCCACGAGGGAGGAAGAGUACCCGACACAUAGAGGAUCUUCGAGGAGAGCUCUCAACGCCAUAUAGUGGAGGCUUUCUACGGAACAGCCAAUUGAAGAGGAAAUUCAUGAUGACCUUUCUCCUAGGGCUGAAACAUACUACAAACCUCAGAUUCCUAAAGAGUACAGGGACGACAGGGCCGACAGGCGCUUGGAUGACGUGAGAGUGGACGAGAGGAGAAGGACGGAAGAAGACAGGAGAUACGGUGAGAGGAGUAGGUAUCCUGAAGAUCACAGGUUCGACGAUAGGAGGUACGUGGAGGAGAGGAAAGCGAUAGAGAAGAGCAAGCAGGAGGGCAGGAACUACAGGAAGGAGCUGUUGGAGAGGUUUGCCGAUAUGGACUUCGAGGAGCAUCAUGACUUCCGAACACAUCAAAGAUACUACGAAUGAAUCUCUUAGAUAAUAAAAAGAUUUGGCCUAAAUUACUGAAAUUGUGUACAAAUAUUCGGAGUAUCUUUGAUGCAUUCUUCAAUGGGAUGUUUCGUAAAUGUGAUUAAUCCUUAAUAUAAACAUUAAAAAUUUUGACCAGUUUGGUGCCAUAUUUGAGUAAUAGCUCAAUUUUUAAUCAAUCUAUUAUUGAAAUAGAAUAUUCAAGCUUUAAACUGUAGCUAUACUUAGGAUUUUUAAAUUUAUUUAUAAGGAAUGGUAUAUUGUUGAAAGCCGUAUAAAUUUAUGUAUUUUAUAUAUUGUAAAAUAGCUUAAAAAAGAACUGAGAUAUUAUACUUUAAACGGAAAGUGUACUCUGUACUGAGUGGUUAUACCGUUUUGUUGCUUUUUACUUCAUAGUUUCAUGAUACCUACGUGAUAUUAAUGACGUCAAGUAUUUGACUGAAUCUAGGAAAUCUAGUCAAGUUGAAGUUUGUGCACUGCUGUUAGAAAUGUUAUGAGAAGUAGAUAAAACAUGCAUGAGGCAUCGAGGCUUUUGAAGAUUAGUUAUGAAUCCAUGAUAAACCGUAUAAGAUAUCGUAAUAUUUUUUAAAUAAAUUACUAGGAUAUUUUCAGUAUUUUGUCACCUACGCGUAUUAGUUUUUUCAUUACAAAUAAUGUCGAUGACAAUCAAACGAUCUGUUAAUUUAGUGUUAGUUUAGAUGGAUUUUGACACCACACGACAUAUUCUAAAACAUCCUUAGUUAGAAUCUGGUAUUAGUUUGUAGAGUAAUCAGGACGUGUACAUAAUUUACGUUGUUAGGAUUGUAGGUGAUGAGAAAACUGAAAAUAAAUAGGCUUUACAAAUUGUACAUUUCGAAACUGCAUGUGCCACUAUAGUGGUAAAUAUCACCGACCAAUUUCACUACACAAAACAAAAUAUUUGUAUAGUAGUAGAUCUGUGAAAUCCUUUUAGGUUUUGCACUUGGCCCUAACAAAGUUACAACGACAUUAUCAUUGUUUAAUUAGUGCGGUGAACGUUUUACAAAAUGAACCUUUGUAACUUUGUUAGUUGCAGUUUCUUUUUGCUAGUAAACCUAGACCCGGUUUUCUUUACAUAUUUUAUUGUAAUUAGAGUUAAAAUACUUAUAACAAGGUUUCAUAUGCUGUUGAUAUUGAAUGAGUCUAUUGAUAUUUCAAAAUACAAGUAAUUAAUAUUUAAAUAAAAAACUAAAAUUUGAUACAUUGUAAAUAGCUAUUAAAUAUUGAAAGAUCUAUGCUACUGAUAAACUAUUGUUUUUCGAUUUAUAUCGAUAGCUAGAUGAUAUGUUGAAACAACUUCGUUAUUUGUGUAUAUCAAUUUUGUAUAUAAUCUUAGUUUAAUACGUUCAUCUAAAUGCCUUGUUAUUACCUAUGAUUUUUUUU